AUGGGAUCUUCGCUGAUCGCCAGGCUCCGAGGAAGUCCGACCUGGGCUCGCCGCCCCUUAAGACCCCUCCUUCCCCGCCCGCCGGCCCCCCAGCUCCUCCCCAUUCUCCUCCCCUUCUGCAGCGCAGCCCCCGCGAGCGGCGCUCCCUCCUCCCGGCCCCCGCCCGGAGCCCAGGAGCUUCCGAGCACCGCGGGCAUCCCUGCCCUCUCCCGACCCUCACCGAGGAUCCUCAGGCAUCUCAAGAGAAGGCAUGAGGUGUCCAUGUCUCCGUGGGGGACCCUGCAACAAAGGCGGGGGAAACCGCGGAAACCCCAUCCCCGGGAGGGGCGCUGGCCUGCGGCAGUCCGGGUGACACCAGGAACUAGCUGCGGGCUGCAGAGCCAACCUGGUGGACAGCACAGUGGGAGCCCUUUCCGGGGCUGGUACUCGAACCUAAGCAUCCCAGAGCCACCCCCAUCUGUGAAAGGGAUAGAGAGAGCAGAGGAUGCGAGGGUGUUACUACAGCCUAAGCAGAAGGAAGUGGGCACUGGAGCUCGAGAAGGGCUGGUCUGUCACCAUAACCUGAUCGGUUUCCCGCAGAGAUCUCCUAUGCGGCCUGCAAUCCUGUGCACAUGUCUGCUUCCCUAUCGCAGCCUCUCCUUCCUCGCUCAGAAAUUCAAGAAGCUGCCUCUGAUAGCGGAUUGACUCCAGGCAUACUCAUUCUUGUCUGCACUGAAAAAAAAAAAAAAAAAAAAAACACUGACUCCAGGCAUACUCAUUCUUGUCUGCACUGAAAAAAAAAAUUGCCAUUUUCUUUCACUCUGGGGUUGAGACACUCAGGUUUCAUGUCUUCAUCUACUGAGAAAUUUCAUCCACGUUCUUCUUCCACAUCAAAUCCAGACUUUCUGCCUUCCUUGUGAGCACUCCUGUUACUCCGUGUGCCUAACCUUAUCUGUCUUCACCCUCUUCACCACACACCCCACUGCUCACAUCACACCAGGUUUCAUGGUGUCCUCUGAACUUGUCGAAUUUGUCUUCUACCAAUACCUACUGCUGAAUUUUUAGGAGGUUUCAAAAUCAUGCCUAAAUUUCACACUGAGAUAGUUGUUACAUGGAUGGAAACCAAGAUGUGAACUCUGUUGUUCCUGGUCAAACUGGAAUGUUGGCCGCGGCUCUAGAGCUGACAGGGCAAUGGGUCUGCUAGUGCAGAACCCCAGAACUGAACAAACUCCACAGGAACAGGGAGAGUUGGAAAACCUGCUUGCGUACAAUCAGCAGCACGGGAAAGCAAAAACAAACCAAAACCAAAAACCACUUGCAAUUCUCUAAGAGGGAUGUCCUACUUCACCCUGACUAUUGACUUGACAGCCUGAAGUUACCUAAGAGAGAACUGCCUAGCUUAGAUGGACCGGUGUCUGUGGAGACACUGUCUUCAUUAAUAAAUUGAUAUUGCAGGACCUAGCCCACUUGGGCAGCACCGUUCUUUGGGCAUGUGGUCCUGGGUUGUAGAAGAAAGCUAGCUAUGUAUGACCUGCAAGCAAGCCAGCAAGUAGCAUUCCUCCGUGGUUUCUGCCUCAGGUUCCUGCUGGGGGUUCCUUCUGCCGUGACUUCCCUCAGUGAUGGACUGAGACCUCUAAGAUGAAAUAAACUCUCCCCUAAGUUUCUCUUGGUCUGGUGUUUUAUGGCAGCAACAGAAAGGAAAGCCGAACAAGAGGAGAGUGACGCGUUCUUUGACGCACACCAGUCAGAUAUUGAUGGAACAAGAUGAGUAGGAAGCAGAUGACCCCCACGUCUCCCCUGCCUGUCAUCGUGCUGGGGUUGAAGGAGGGAGCUCGGAGGUACUAGGUUUUGCUACUGUCCUCUAAUAAUUAACAAUGCUUUGUUCCCUUCUAAACUGGCAACGCCCUUCCUCUACUGAAAUUUGCUUUAUUGUUUUCAGAACCCAAAGUGAGUUUCACUGCAUCUCUCGAACCUUUCUUGACGACAGAUUGGGGUGGCAGAAAGUACUUGAGUUUGAAGUCAAACCAACCUGGCUUUCUAUCCUGGUAUAGCUGCUAACCUUUGCUCCGUCCCAUCCUAGGUUCCGGCAUCUGACGAAUGACGGUGAUAAUGCCCUUUAGGGGCUUGUGAAAUUUCAAGUGGAAGGUUAUAAAAAGUGCCUGGCAGAGAGAUAGUAGCCAUCUAUAAACGGUAGCCAUUAUUACUUCAUUGAUCUGCCUUGCAUCUAAAUUGUACCCGGUACUAUGUGCCAGGUAAAUGAAAGUAUCCGACGUGCCAUAUUUUUAGUUCACUGUUACAGUAAACUUGAAGGCUUUUGAAAAGUGACUUCUAUCUUCCUAUAGGAAAACUGAACAUCAGAAAAAUUCAGAUAUUUUCCCAAGGUUAGAUAGCUUUGCAAUUUGGUAUUUAUUGUACAUUAUUAUUCUCUGUUUAAUACUUAGGACAUGAUUGUUCUUGAUUCAGAGUAUAAAUAAACAACCAAGCAGAGCCAAAAAGAAAUAAAAAUAACAGCAAAACAAACUAUAAGAGGAAGUUGACAGCUGUGUCUGGUGAGGGACAUUUUUCACUGUGAGUGACAGAUACUUAAGUGGCUUUUCUGAAGAAGCCAAUUUAGUGACCUGUGUAGCAGAGAAGUCCCAGGAUAACGGCUGGAUUUAGGCAAGUCUUCACCUAGGAGUUCAAACAUGUCCCCAAGGACUGAUGAUGUAUUACAUCCUUUGUUUCUACCUUCAGCCUCUGUUUCUUUCCUGGGUUUUACAGGGUGGUCCUGAGAACUGCAGUCUGCAGGGUGAUAAGCUGACCUGUAGUGGUCUCAUGGAGGGGAGGGUGUUAGCCUUUUUCUGGAGAUGUCAUAGAAGUCUUAAGACAUGCUUCUACAGUCCAAGGAGCAUUCCUUGUUCUAUUUUUCUCUUCCUCCCUCCAUCUCUUCUUCUCCCCUUCUCUCUCUCUCUCUCUCUCUCUCUCUCUCUCUCUCUCUCUCUCUCUCUCUCUCUCUUCUCUCUCUCUCUUUCUUUCCAGAGUCUCACUUGUUGUAGAAUGUUAGUUGAAGAUGUGUUACAUUUGUUCAUGCUGUGGAACAUUUGUUUAAUGAUGCAAAGAUGUGUUGCAUUCCUUUAUGAUGCAUUUGUUUAAUUCUGUGAAGCUGUGUUACUGUGCCUGUCUAAAACACCUGAUUGGUCUAAUAAAGAGGUGAAUGGCCAAUAGUGAGGCAGGAGAAAGGAUAGGCGGGGCUGGCAGGCAGAGAGAAUAAGUAGGAGGAGAAAUUUAGGAAGAAAGAUCAGGGAGCAAGAAAAGGAGAAGGAGAGGAGAACUGGAUGAAUUUCAGGCCAAUGCACAAAGUGGACAGUGUCUGAAGAAUGUCAUCUGAGGCUGUUCUCUGACUUUCACAUGCACUCACACACACAUGCAUGCACACUCACACUCAUGUACACCUACACACGUGCACAUACACACAGAAGUAGAGUAGAAAUAUUAAUUAAAUGAAGAACAAUAUGAUAAGAAGAUAAAAUGCAUUCUUUGGUCCUCACGCAUGAGUGGGAUAGUUGGUCUCCCAUGCCUCUAGGUUUUAUAGAAACAGAUUCCACUAAUCACUAACAGAAAUAUUCAGGAAAAUGUUUGCACUGGUAACGAACAUGUUGCAACUUCUCAACCUUGUCAUUGUUCCCUAAACAAUGAGGCCUAAUGGCUAGUUGCAGUGUUUAUAUUUUAUUGGGUACUGUAAGCAAUAUAGAUAUGAUUUAAAGUAUAUGGGAAAUUAUAAAAGAGGAUAUACAUGUAAACACUGCGCCAUUUUAUAUAACUGAUUAUCUAUGGAUUCUGGACACUUCGGAGGGACCCUGGAAACACGUUUCCAGGAUAACGAGGGAUGACUGUAUAUGAAUUGCUGUAGACAGACAAAAAUAAAGGAAAACAGCGACAACAAAUACUACAACAAAUUUCGCCUUGUGGGAGAUUUGAUGUAAAGUAAAUAAAAACACAACUGUCUCAAGUGUUCCUGAGAUUAUCGCACUGGUUACCUCCAGGUUCAGUAGUGAAAUCUGCAAAGAAUUGCUAUCUGAUGAGCAAUUAAGGAAAGCAGUCGCAGGAUAAUGUAUUCUUAAUAAGGCACUGCACCUUUAAUGGAAACAGUAUUUCUACAGGAGCUAUGAGAAUAGAGCCACACAGGAGAGGCUUCCAGGCAGGGGCUGUGGCCAGGCUCAACCCUGACACCUUCGCUGUACUAUUCAAAGAGAAGGGACUACAGCAAGGACCCCAAGGCUGGAGCUGUGCAGCAUGGGACAAAAGCCACUGAUACGGUUAAUGUGACAGAUUUCAUACACCACCACACGGCAAAGUAUUUGUCAUACUUAGUAAUGACAUGAGAAGUGACUGGAAAUAUUUUAUUCGUAUUGAUGCUCCCAGAUGAUCUUGGGACAGAGACUUGAGAUGCUGUGAAACUUGAAAAUUUGCAUCUUUAUUUGACAAAAAGACAGCGGUUCCCAAUUUGUUAUUGUUUAUUUAUGUGUCAGCAUGGUACUCCCUAUCAGAUUAAAACAAACCCGCACACAAUCCAUCAUUUUAGGAUAGAGAACAAUGCUAAUAAGGACUGCUAAAGAGCAGUCACUUUUGGAAAGAAAUAUGUUAUGGAGAAAUAUUUUGAAAUUGGAUUCUUGGAUGUAUCUUAUAAUUAAGUGAUUUUUGUCCAAAUUAAGACUUUCACAGAUGCAUAUUUGUUUUAAAACUCUGGCAUAAUCUUCUAAGCAUCCCAGUAGCCUGUUUAUCCUUUUGACAAAAAAUAUAAAAAUGCAAUGACUUUUAUUUAAAUUGGAAAAUGAAUGGUUUAUAGGGAAAUUUACUCACCAAAUUUCCACAAAAAACCUUUGCAAGACUGAUUCCUAGGGCGGAGAACUGAAUAUCUGAGUUUGGGGAGUAAACAGAGGGGACGUGUCUUCACUCAGAUCUGUGAGUUUGUGAGUGUAUUCAUCCUGGAAGGUUACCACAACAGGAAACUGUGUAAGGAGGUGGCGUCAGCCACCUAAAUUUAUUUCUCACCAUUCUGAAGCUAGAAGUCCAGGAAUCCGGGUGGGCUGGUUGUUCUGAGGUCUCACUCCCAGGCUUGCCCAGCAUCCCUCUCCUCAGUGGUCCUCAUGUGGCCUUUUGCCUGCUGUCUGUCCCUCUUAUAAGGAAGGGUACCGGUGGCACCAGAUUAGAGCCUUCCCUACGAUCUUACUCAAUCUUAAUUACCUAUCCAAAUAUAAUAAAAGUUACCUACGAGUUUGGGAUAGAUGCACUUCCAGCAACUGCAAGGAAUUCACCUCUCCCACUUUGAAGGCUUUAAAAACCAAAUGUGUAAUGAACUGGUCUUAAAAGCACACUUGCAGCAUGGCUACAAAUCUUCAACAAAUAUUUCUAAAUGGGAUGAUGACAUCACACUUACCUAAUUUAUUAUUAUUGUUGUUGUUCCAAUGAACUAAAACAAUGUUUUGACUGUAUGUAGCAUGUAUGAGGCACUCGGUUCAGUCCCCAGUACCACACAUUCACACAUACACACUGUGGUGGUUUGAAUGAAAAUGGCCCUGUAGGCCCAUAGGGAGUGGCACUAAUAGGAGGUGUGGCUUUUUUGGAGUAGGUGUGGCUUUGUUGGAGGAAGUGUGUCACUGGGGGUGGGAUUUGAGGCCUUAGAUGCUUAAGCCACGCUCAGUGUCUCCUUCUCUUUCUGCUGUCUGCUGAUCUGGAUGUAGAACUCUCAAGGAUCUCUCCGGCACCAUGUCUGCCUGUGUGUCACCAUGCUUCCAGACAUGAUGACAAUGGACUAAACCUCUGAACUGUAAGCCAGCCCCAAUUAAAUGCUCUCCUUUAUAAGA